CAUUCGCGGUACUUUAGAGAUAGUUCCGCUGAAGCCAUCGAUUGAAGUGCUUCAGUGGUCCGGGUAUUUUUUUGCUCCUUACACAAUAAAUCCAUUAUUAUUAAUCACUAAAAGGAAAUAUAUCGUCAUCAGUAAAAAUAAGGAAAAUGUGAUUUAUUUUGUAAGUAGGUAAUUUUUUGCUAAAACUGUGAAGAAACUCAUGGUGCGAAGGAGUAGUGUAAAAGUGUAGGUGGAGGUGCUACAGUUCUACAUCGGAAGGGAUGCUGUUGUAAAUGGGUAUACAGUGGCGAGAAUUAGAAUAUGAUCAAUAUAUUGUGUAGUUUUUUUUCGAAAAUACCCCUGUUUCUAUUUUAUAAUUAUCAUUGAACAAUUCAUAAAGCCUUAAUAUGUAUAUAUAAAACGUACGUGAAUGUUACGUUUAUAUAUAAAAAGAGAGCACAGAACGACAGAGAGUUGCAAGAAAAGUGAAGCAAAGGACAAAAAGAAAUGAGUGUUGCAAUUGGCGCAAAUAGGGGUAACAGGGUGAGUCCGACACCCACAAAAGGCUCCACAGCGGCAUUCACGGACACAGAUGUGACCCCCAAUGUUCUGGCGAUUCCAUUGUCUGCCAUUCAAGCCAAUACCACAGAGCCACGGUGUGGGCCUCUCUCGGGCGCUACCUCGUCAGCGCUCUCAUCUACUAUUUACGAUGUAGAAGUACCGCAGCCGCUUGUCGAUCGUCGACCGUCGGUGUCACUGCUCAAAUGGGGCCCCUCGAAGCGCUAUGAAGUACCCACGCCAACCGUCCUUCGGCAAGUGACUUUCAGAAAUUCAGGAAAUAAUAAUUGUGGAACAGUAGCCAACAAUGGUAUACGUACAGAACCCAUAUCUUUGUCCACUCUUGAUAGAGACUGUUUCAUCAUCCCUAUGCAGUCGCUCAAUAGAUUCCUUCCUGAUGGAAUUCCGCUCCCUGUGCCAAGUGAAUCCACUGAAAAGCAAACCUCAGGGCCACUGAGUGUGUUGGAGGUAUCGGAUCCAAAAUUGUGCAUUCUGGCACAUUUGAUGAGCCCACUGGAACCAAUUGAUCCUCUUCUAGAGUCCCCAUUGUCAUAUCCACUUCUUAAACAAAGAUCCGUCGCAGCGGAACUCGUUACAGAAGUUCAGCAAUCCAAUUCCGCAAUCGGUGGUAUGCUCCUCGCCAACAUGGAGAAAAAUGCGGAAUUCCCUUUCAUCGCAUAUUAUGUCAUCAACACUACCGUGACGGACCCUUCAAACUUCUACACUGGUGUCCGAGCUUCCUCCCUUUGUAAAUUUGAACCAAAAAACUUGAGGUACACAGCGGCCCAUACACUAGAUCUAUACAGCGAAGUGGCAUCGAUAUGUAGGCCACCACUAGUGAUGACUACCAAUGAAGUUGGAGCUUUAAGAAAAUCCCAAACGCCGUCUACGGGAUAUAUUAUAAGUGUAUAUAAGGUAUUUGAAGGUGAUGACGGUGAGCGUUUUGAGAGGAAUUGGCUUUAUUGGACAGGUGCUCGAAUGCUUUACAGAUACCUACCAAAAACUGCAGGAUUGAGGCGAAUUGCCCUUCACAAAAGUACAUCAAUAAAGGGUGACAAAAUGUAUUUACUCAUAUGCGAAUGUGCGGAUCUACUGAAGGACAUUACCGCUGCUGCGUUCCUAAUACCCGCCUUGAGGGCUCGUCUCUGUGGCUACACAGGACUCUAUCGUCCGAUUCAGGCUUUUUAAAUCGGGACCUAUUUUGUUUACUCAACAAGCCACAUUUAUUAUACAAAAAAGUGUUCAUAAAAUUAACUUUUUUUCUUCUAUUUUUUACGUAUGUAAUUUACUUGGUCCCCAUAAGUGUAGGCAAUUUUUUUGAGCUUUAAUUCAGAAUUAUAGGAAAUUUUUAGACAACAAAAUGUAGUGAAAUUAUAGUCCGCAAAUAUUUUAGAAAUAUUACUCGAUAUAAAUGAGAUUGUAUGAAUAUUGGAAUUAGAGAUUUAUUAUGGGAUCAGAGAAUAUACCGACAUAAACCUAUCUGCUAUCUGCCCAUUCAGUUGGGGUGACGGGGUAGGUUGAAUAUUAAAGGGUAGAGUUCCUAAACUUUAUCAUUUCUUGGUAAUUUACAAAAACUCGUAAUGAACAAGACAUUUUUGAAUUAAUGAAAUGACUUUUCUGUUUGGGAUAUCAGAAGAGGAUUGAAGUAGAGUUCUAGUAGAUGAAAUACUUCAAGCUUCUCUCUAACGCCAAUGAAAUUAAUCACAAUCAGGUAAAGCCGUUUAGGAGUUUAACACGUAACAGUGAGGCACUUAAAAAAAAUUGAGAUUAAACUUCUUUCCCGUUAAGAUACACAUAUAUUAGAUCUCAGGUGAAAAUUUAAAAAAAAAACAAGCAUAAAAAUAAUACAUUAUUACAAUCAGUCUUAUCACGACAUGAUAAGAGUACCGAAAUGCGAAUGUAUAUUUAUGUGUAAAGAAGAGAGUUUAAAAAUUUGAGAAGAAGAAAAAGGAAUAUAUGAAACAUAUCUAUGUAAUAUGAAAAACUAAUCACAAAAAAAUCUCAUAAUAUUUUUUAAGGACCACAGAAAAAGGAUAUCAAGUCAUUUUUCGUGAUACUAGCAAUUUCUCGAGUCUGCAUAUAAUUAUGCGAAUUUCUACUUUUGUAUAACUAUACACACCACAUGCAUAAGGUGUGGAAGAAAGAAGAUAAUAUUAAGUAUAGUGGUGCGCACUUAAAAAAAAUGUUACUACAUAAUUUAAAAAAAAUUGUAGUAAUUAUCAUUACCUUACACACACUUUAAGUAAAAUCUUUACAAACAGGAAUUAUAAAAUAAAUAAUAUAGAGAACAUAGAGAACAUAGAGAAGGUUACGAUAAAAAAAUUGAGAUUAACCUAUAAAACUCGUUUAUUCGCUAUUUAAAAACGUUAAAAUUUUCUUAUUAUGAAGCAGAGUGUUCACCUUUUUAUUAAAUUAGUGAUAUUUAAAUCUUGUAGAGAUAGAAUAGAGAUUAAGCAAGUUAAUCAAAAAUACCUACAAAUUACCCAAUAGCUUUUUGAAUAAUGUGAAACAUAGAGAUUUUAUUUUUUCAAAAAACAAACAUAUAAUAAAUAUAAUAUGCUUGGAAUUUAGUAAAAACAAUCUUAAUGAUCUUAAUGAAUUUUCUCCAUAUGUGAUUUUUUAUAGGUGUAGAUCAUAAAUGAACAAACAAAAA